CAUCAAACACAUACGACUCGUUCACUUUUGACUCUUUCUGGACCCUAACGCCCUCCCAACGUGGACGCCACAGGCCACCUAUAUAUACACCCAUCUGUAUUUCAAUUUUCAACCCCAACUCCUCCAUUUCUGUUCGCUACAAGUCUCUCUCUUAUCUUUCUCUCUCUUUCUCAAAUCAAACACUAUAAUCUUCUCUUGACGAAGCAUCAGAGUUUCCAAUCAGUCUUCUUCGAUGGCCGAUUCACAGAGAAACAGCUCCAGGAGCCAGCGGAGGCCGGCGUUGCUGCAGGUAAACCGGGCGCCAGAUUGGAACGUGGCGAUUCCGCUUCUGUCGCCGAUUGCUACUUCACCGAAGGCGGUGGAACAGAUGGCAGAUCCACCGCGUCAGAAGGAGCCGCAGCAGCUCAUGGGGAGGGAGAAGCCGGUGGUGUUCAAAAAGUGGCAGCAUCCGGCGGCUCCGUUUUUCUGCGAGCAGGCUCAGUUAAGGCAGGCCUUUGUGCCUGUAUAGUAUAUAUAGAAGAAUUGAUUGUAGAGGCAUAAAGUAGUGCUUAGAUCUCCAAAAAAAGGAAAAAGAAAAUAAAGACACAGACAGAACAAGACCUGGUAGUAGUGUAUGAAUCUCUCAUUCUCCGUUUGAAAAACGCUGUCCAAAUAUUACAAAUUAAUAGUAUCAAUUUUGAGUUAAUUACCCUCA